UUUUAUUCAAAAGCUACAGCGCAAAUCUCCGUCCCCUUCUUCUUUUCAGACUUCUUCAUUCACAUUAGAAUAGAAUAUACAACAAAAUCUGUCUGUCCAAUUUGCAAAGUCAACUCUUGUUUUGUUUUUGUUUUUGCUUUUGCUCGUGAAAAAGGAAAAAAAAAAAUCAAAUCUGUAAACUAUAUAAUAAGGAUCCCAAUUGUCGUGGAAGAGAUAGAAAGAUACCAAUUAGUUUUUGUGUAGAAACAAGAGGAAACAAUCAAUCGAAUCGAAUUGAAUUUGAAUGGAGAUUGAAGAAGCGAGUCGUGGUGAGAGUGGGCAUGUGGUGUGCGGAUCAUGGAUUCGUCGCCCUAAGAAAGUCAACUGGGCCAUCAUCGCCAGAGCUGCCAAACGCCGUGGCUCUUCCUCUCCUGCUCUCCUCAACAUCUUCUCUUUUGAUCCCAUCACUACCUCUCUCUCCUCCUCUCCCUUGGCAACACAUGAGCUUAAGGAGAGUGAUGGUGAUCCUGUAGCAAUCUCAGUGCAUCCUGGUGGUGAUUAUUUUGUUUGCUCUACCUCCAAAGGUGGUUGCAAGUUGUUUGAGAUUGUGGUAGGAGCAACAUGUACUACCAUCUUAGCCAAAGAGCUCCCUCCUCUUCAAAGUGCUGGACUACAAAAAUGUAUGGCCUUCAGCUUUGACGGGUCUAAAUUAGCUACUGGGGGAGUGGAUGGGUGUCUCAGAAUCAUGGAGUGGCCAAACCUAAAUGUGAUUUUGGAUGAGCCAAAGGCACACAAAUCAAUCCGAGAUAUGGAUUUCAGUCUUGACUCAGAGUUCUUAGCUACAACAUCAACUGAUGGAUCAGCUAGGAUAUGGAAAGCAGAAGAUGGUUUUCCUUUGUCAACUUUGGAACGUAGUGGUGAUGAAAAUAUUGAACUCUGCCGGUUCUCUAAAGAUGGAACAAAACCUUUUCUGUUCUGUGCUGCUCUGAGAGGUGAGAUUCCUGUGGUCAAUGUUUACGACAUUAGUACAUGGAAGAAGCUUGGGUUCAAGAAGCUGUCAAGGAAAAGUGCAUCUACGAUGGCAGUGAGCUUGGAUGGCAAAUAUAUUGCUUUGGGUGGCAAAGAUGGAGAUAUAUCUGUUGCUGAAGUGAAGACAAUGGAGAUCUACCACUACAGUAAGAGGCUGCAUCUUGGUCAAACCAUUGCUUCACUUGAGUUCUGCCCUAGUGAAAGGGUAAUGCUGACAACAUCGAGUGAAUGGGGUGAGAUGGUGACCAAACUCACUGUACCAAAGGAGUGGAAAGAGUGGCAGAUAUAUGCACUGUUGUUUUGCUUGUUCAUGGCAUCAGUGGUACUUGCAUACGUAUUCUUCGAGAACUCAGAUUCGUUUUGGAAGUUACCAAUGGGGAAAGAUCAGAGAAGGCCAAAGAUUAGUCUUUUUGGAGGUUCAUCGACUACGCCUGCUGAGGAUCAUAAAAAGUGGAACCUGGACCUAUAGAGAAAGAGAUUUAUGUAACUCCACGAGACUUGCUUCUAUGUUUUUUGUUUCUUUUCAUUACUUUGUUACAUGUUUUUAUGUUUUUUUCGCUUUCCUCAGCUCUGAUGAUUCUGAUUGUCUGACAUUAACUAUUUCGGUUCUGGAAUUAAAAGAAAUACGUUUU